AUGGCAGAGUCUCACUCCCUGAACCCGAAGCUCGAGCCCAGCAGCUCCCUGAACCCGAAGCUCGAGCCCAGCAGCUCCCUGAGCCCGGAGCUCAAGCCCAGCAGCUCCCUGAGCCCGGAGCACAAGCUCAGCAGCUCCCUGAGCCCGGAGCUCAAGCCCAGCAGCUCCCUGAGCCCGGAGCACAAGCUCAGCAGCUCCCUGAGCCCAGAGCACAAGCUCAGCAGCUCCCUGAGCCCAGAGCACAAGCCCAGCAGCUCCCUGAGCCCGAAGCUCGAGCCCAGCAGCUCCCUGAGCCCGGAGCUCAAGCCCAGCAGCUCCCUGAGCCCAGAGCACAAGCCCAGCAGCUCCCUGAGCCCAGAGCACAAGCCCAGCAGCUCCCUGAGCCCGAAGCUCGAGCCCAGCAGCUCCCUGAACCCGAAGCUCGAGCCCAGCGGCUCCCUGAGCCCAGAGCUCAAGCCCAGCGGCUCCCUGAGCCCGAAGCCCAAGCCCAGCAGCUCCGCAGCGGUGACGACCGACGGCGACGUGGGACCGGCGCCGUGA